AUGGGAGUCUUAGUCCCUGCUACCCGCCUAUCUCGACCUGUGCGGCUGUUGAUCUUCGCUGCUGUCUUCGUGUGCCUGUUCCGUUGGUGGCCUUCGGAAUCUCGCGGUUUCUCUUCUCUUUUCUACUCCGACUUGAACCCAGGAGUCCAGCACGCUAUUCUGAAAUAUGUCGACCCAUUAAUCGGGACCAUCAACGGAGGCCAUGUGUUUCCAGGUGCAUCUCUACCAUAUGGGAUGGCCAAGGCCUGUGCGGACACCGAUUCUCAUGCCGAAAACGCUGCAGGCUGGGUCUCGGACAAUUCAAAAAUAACUGGCUUCUCUCAUUUGCAUGAUUCUGGAACCGGCGGUUCACCGUCUCUGGGCAAUUUCCCGCUCUUUCCUCAUCCCGGAUGCAAAAACGAUGACUACUUGGCAUGCAAGUAUACCAAAGAGCAAAGAAGCCUGUUCCGUGUCAACGACUCAGUCGUCGCUCGCCCGGGCUACUUCUCUGUCGAUCUCACAAACACUGUGCGUGCCGAGAUGACGGCCAGUGAACGUACGGCUCUGUACCGCUUCAGCUUUUCGCCCAAUGACACAGUAUCGUAUGCCGACACAGCCAACCAUGGCACCAUUGAUGCAGUGAGCAGCCCUCUGAUCCUCAUCGAUCUCACGGAUAUUGCCCAGAGCAGAACCAGCGGUGGCAUCCAGGUGUACGAAUCGGGCCGUGUCAUCGGAGAUGGCAUGUUCAAACCUUCCUUCGGCCAAGGCAACUAUAGGGCCUUUUUCUGUGCUGAUUUCCGAGGGGCCACCAUUCGCAAGUCUGGCGUUUUCGAGGGCGAAAAUCCUCGCGAGGACCCAAAACAUCUGGCGGAGUUCACCCGAGGCAUCCACAAUCCUACCGGUGCCGCCGGCGCGUGGUUGCACUUUGAAAGGCCCAAGAACAACCAGAUUCUCGCCCGGGUUGGCCUCUCCUUCGUCUCCGUUGACAAGGCUUGCCAGAAUGCCGGGAACGAGAUCCCAUUGUUCGAUUUCGAUGGCACUGUGCGUGCUGCGGAGUCAGCUUGGAGCGAGAAGCUCUCCGUGGUGGAGCUCGAUACUGCGGGCGUGAGCGAGGACAUGAAGACGACGUUCUGGUCUGGUCUUUACCGGAGUUUGCUUUCACCUCAGAAUUAUACUGGCGAGAACCCUCUGUGGGAGUCGUCCGAACCGUAUUUUGACUCGUUCUACUGCAUCUGGGAUUCCUUCCGAGCCCAACACCCACUGCUCACGAUUGUCGAUCCGGAGGCACAAACGCAAAUGGUUCGAGCCUUGUUAGAUAUCUACAGAUUCUCCGGCAAGCUCCCAGAUUGCAGGAUGUCGUUCUGCAAGGGCUUCAGCCAGGGGGGCUCAAAUGCCGACGUUGUGAUUGCGGACGCCUACCUCAAAAACAUGACCACCGGCGUGGACUGGAAGACCGCAUACGAGGCCGUGGUUUCCGAUGCUGAAGUUGCGCCGCAGGAUUUUGGCGUCGAAGGCCGCGGUAACCUCGAAAGUUGGUUAGGGCUGGGAUACAUCGCACAGGACCACAUGGACAAGGUGUCGUCAGGCCCGAAUAGUCGCUCCGUUUCUCGCACCGUCGAGUACGCCUACGACGACUUCUGCAUCGCCGAGAUGGCGCAAGGACUCGGCCACAAGGACGAUUAUGCAAAAUACAUGCAGCGCAGCGCUAAUUGGCAAAACCUCUGGAAGCCUGAUGCGCCAGAUAUCGUGGUGGGCAAGGACAGAGAGGAGGUUGAAAGAACAAAGUACACGGGUUUCCUGAUGCCAAAACUGGUCAACGGCUCGUUUACACAGCAAAACACGCGCAUAUGCUCGCCCAACACGGAGCAGCAUCUGUGCUACUUCGACACGGCGCAGGCAACGUACGAAGGCUCCCCAUGGCUGUACUCGUUCUUUGCGCCACAGGAUAUGGCGACGCUGAUCUCGCUCAUGGGCGGCCGGGAAGCGUUCGUCGACCGGCUCGAGUAUUACCACAGCGGCAACAUCGUCUACAUGGGCAACGAACAAGCCUUCCUCACGGUGUUCCAGUUCCACUACGCGGGUAGACCCGGCCUCAGCUCACGUACUACACGGAGCUACAUCCCGUCGCAGUUCAAUGCUUCCAUCAACGGCAUCCCCGGCAACGACGACUGCGCCAUGGGUGCUUUUAGCGCGCUUGCGAUGAUGGGGUUCUUUCCCGUCGCGGGGCAGGACGUAUACCUGCUCAUCCCGCCCUUUUUCCCCGAGGUACGGCUCAAGACUCGAGGGGCCCAGCCCGCUGUGAUCCGAAAGGUCGCAGUUGACGACAGGGAGCUGGCAGACGGCAUUUACAUUCAAAGCGCCACCCUGGACGGGAAGCCUUACACCAAGAACUGGAUCUCGCACGCGUUCUUCUACCACGGCGGAACUCUGGAGCUCACGGUGGGCUCAAAGGAGGGAGAUUGGGGCACCAGGGACGAAGAUGUGCCGCCUAGCUAUCCUGCUGCACCCAAGACAGCACCGCCAACCCGGACAUUCCAGAGCUGA